AUGUCUGACCACGACACUGCCUCCAUGAUGAGCAGGCACGAGCUUGGCGAGGAGCUGACAGUACAAAAUGUUGUGCUCAGGUCCCUCGCCGAUGCGACAUACGAUGGAGCUGAGGAAAUGCGACAAGAUGCCCACCUCGAGAUUGCUCGCCUCAAAGAGCUUCUUCAUAACCUUAACCAGAAGGAACAGGCUGGUACCCAAGAAGUCUUUGAAGACAGACGAGACAGACGUCUCAAUACAGCUUCUGCCUCAGCUCGUUGGUUUCUCACAGACCUCUGCGCUGCUCGCUCGACCGACUACCCCUCAAGCAGCGUACGCGCGCACAGCAGUUCCAAUACUCAAAACCCUCUUGACACACAUGAUCGACAGUCUGAUAUACCAAACACCAUGAAUCCCCCACGGCAAAGUAGCUUCUCCUUGCCCAGCCGGAAAAGGGGCGCAGAGUCAGCUCGUCUAUCUGCUCACGACAAUUCUUCAAAAAUCCGACGAGUCUCCCCUUUACCCAGAGAUGAUGUCUUCUCCACCACCUUUCCUAAUGGCAGCUUGAAUGAAGAAUCCAUCGACUUCGUCGACCUUACUGGGGAUGACGAUGACAUGGGCUCCGACUUCAUUGCACAGCAGAUUAAGGCUGAGGACAGACAACAGCAAGAAUGGCGAGAUCGACAACUUGCAAAGCAGCUUUCUAGUCAAGAGCCUCCUGGUCAGGUAGCAGGAUCGCAGUCUCCUCAUACUAACGCCUUCACUCGUCUCAUGAGCAGCCAGCCUCCUGCCCCAACCAUACUUGAUGACGAAGAGAGCUUGUUUGGCAUUCCUGGUGCUUACGAUGAGCGAUGGGAUGAUUCACUGGGGGCCGGGCCAUCUUUCAACAUCCCCCAGAGACGACUAGACCCUCAAUAUAUACCCGCGUCAAGUUCUACAAACCGUCCUGCCAUCAGGGAAGACCCAGACAUUAUCUUUGCUGGAUCUAUUGUUAAGCGCUCGCCAGCUCGUAUGGAGCGUCCAGGUCCAGGUUUGACUAUGGGUUACCCUGAUUUGACAAGACGCAGCCAGUUUAUGCAACCCCAUCCUGGGUUUAGGCCACUGCCUUCAUAUGUCCCGGGUUCAUAUUCAUCCCCGUCAUCCCUGAGCGAUCUCAUCGGGCGUACUAACGGUCUUGACCCUAUCAAUGGCACAUACCAAAACGGUGAUCCAAUCCAUCCGUAUAUACUGGACAGGAUGGAGACUCCUUAUGACCAUGGCCCGGGACUGGACGAAUCGGAGCUACAGGAGCUGUUGAAGAAUAUCUCUGCUGACAUGGAUCUUCCAAAAUUGGAUCCUAAUGAUGCACCUGCUGGUCUGAAACGACCGCUAUAUCCGCAUCAGGACAUCGCUCUCGCUUGGAUGAAAAAAAUGGAGGAAGGGACAAGCAAGGGUGGUAUUUUGGCUGACGACAUGGGGUUGGGGAAGACGAUCUCAACACUCGCGCUUCUUCUGGCCCGUCCAGCGACAACCCGGCCUAAGACAAAUUUGAUCAUCGCUCCUCUCGCUCUCCUUCGCCAGUGGGAGGAAGAGAUUGCUACUAAGACCAAACCCUCCCAUCGGCUUUCGGUAUACGUACACCACGGCAGGAAGACCACAACGGAUGAAUUGCUUAAAUAUGACGUGGUAUUGACUACCUAUGGCUCACUCGCACAAGAGCUCAAACGAUUUGACAAGUUGGUGGAGGAGCACCAGGGCCAGGUUAUUGACUGGAGUGACAGAACUGUAAACCUCAAAUUCCCACUUCUGCACCCGCACAAGGCUAAGUUUUACCGUAUCAUUCUGGAUGAGGCGCAGUGCAUCAAGAAUGAAAAGACCAAGUCUGCCAAAGCGUGUAGCCAGCUUGCCGCGACCUACCGGUGGUGUCUAACUGGAACACCCAUGAUGAAUGGAGUUUUGGAGCUCUAUUCUCUUAUCAAGUUCCUCAGGAUCAGGCCCUACUGCAAGUGGGAAGACUUCCGCCAGGGAUUUGGUAGACUUUUUGGUCGCAACGGCGACCCUAAGAGCACUGCUAUGAGAAAGCUACAAGCGCUUCUCAAAGCCAUAAUGCUUCGGCGCAAAAAGAACUCGCAGCUUAACGGCAAGCCUAUCCUCAGGUUACCUGAGAAGACCGAAGAAAUUGUGUAUGCCGAAAUGUCUUCUGACGAGCGUGACUUUUACACUCAGCUUGAAAAGCAAUCGCAGGUCCUGGUAAACAAGUAUCUUCGGGAAGGCACUGUGAGCAAGAACUAUUCAAAUAUUCUUGUCCUUCUGCUUCGUUUACGCCAAGCAUGUUGUCAUCCACAUCUCAACCUUGACGUGGAUGAUGCGGCAUCAUCUUCUAUCUCUGACGAGGACAAGAAAAAGUUUGUGAAAGAGUUGGAUGCAGCUAUAGUGGAAAGAAUCAAAGAGAUCGACAGUUUCGAGUGUCCUAUUUGCUACGACGCUGUUCAAUGCCCCAGCUUUUUCAUCCCUUGCGGACACGACAGCUGUGGUGAAUGUCUGGUCCGCAUUGCAGAAAACGCCUCCACAGUCAACAUACAAGAAGGCAGCGAAAGCAACCGGGCUAAGUGCCCGGUCUGUCGCGGCCAAUUUGACCCCGCCAAAUGCUUUUCCUAUGAUAUUUUCAGACAGGUGCAUAUGCCUGAAACCAUUGAGCAAGGACCUGAAGAGACAAAAGUUGAGGAUGAGCUUGGCUCGGAUACAGACUCGGAUACGGACUCCGAGUACGCGUCAGACGAUGAGGUCGAUACCAAGGGAAAUCUCAAGGGCUUCAUCGUUAACGACGAGCUUUCCGACGAGGAGGGCAUGAAGAUGGUCAAAAAGAAGCGCAAAGAAAAAGGCAAGGGGAAAAAGAAGGCCCUGGAUGUCAAACCCUCGAUGCUCAAAACAUUGCGCAAGGAGGCUUACAAGAAUCGCGAUGCAUUCAAAAGGUACAUGCGUUACCUGAGGAAAACUUGGGAACCUGCUGCCAAAGUGACAGAAUGUAUGAACCUUCUCAAGCAGAUUGAGGAAACAGGCGAGAAGACAAUCGUCUUUUCUCAGUGGACUCUGUUACUUGAUCUUCUGCAGGUGGCAAUGUCGCAUGAGAAGAUGGCAAAGCCCCAAAGAUAUGAUGGUUCCAUGUCGGCAACAAAUCGCAACAUCGCGGCUCACAAUUUCCGUGACCGUAGAGACACCAAAGUAAUGCUGGUUUCUCUGAAAGCUGGGAACGCGGGUCUCAAUUUAACUGCUGCUUCUCGUGUUAUUAUCAUGGACCCUUUUUGGAAUCCGUACAUCGAAAUGCAAGCUGUUGAUCGGGCCUAUCGCAUUGGCCAACAGAAGGAAGUCAAAGUGUAUCGUAUCCUCACGAAGGACACUGUCGAAGACCGCAUCAUUGAACUGCAGAACAAGAAGAAGGAGAUGGUCGAGGCAGCGUUAGACGAGAACGAGGGUGGCAAGAUUGGACGACUGGGGGUGAACGAGCUUCGACGUCUUUUCAGACUUGAAGGUUAG